AGAUCACACAGCAGUAGUGUGAGCGCGUGCGCGCGUCAGUGUGCUGCCACAGAGAGCGGAACACAGCCAUCUGCACGUGCACAACUCCGUGGCGAAAACAGGACUUGGAUUUGCUGCAGUUUUCAUAUCGCUUCCACUUCCCUCUUGGUUUUUUUUCCUUCUUCUCCUUCUUCGUUGUGAGGAUUCUGAGCAUGUUGCUGUAUGGUGGUUCCUGAUGAUGGACGCUUUUCCGCUCUCCGCGCUUUGUCCACACCCCUCACACACACACACACACACACACACACACACACAUAAAGAAGCUCUGCGCACAAAGUCGCACUGAAAAGGACUCGUCUGGUCUCAUCCCUGAGAUUUAUCACAUGUACUGGAUAUAACGUUCCUCUGUGAAUCUUGCUCGGAUUUCUUUUCCUUCGUAAAAUCCUCUGAUUUGGAUUAAACCUUCCCAUCGAUGGUACCGACUCAGGCGGCAGACAUGGAGCCCCUCCAGAUCAGUGUCCACCAUGUCCCUGUCUGUGCGGCCUACGCGCCGAGUCCUUGCCAGGUCCAUCACUAGGAGCCAGUCCUUUGCCGGAGUCAACUCCCACGACAAGCCCUACAGGAGCCUCUCCGUGUUCCGCACCCCAUCGUGUGUAAGAAAGACUCCCUCUCGAGGAAGCAGGAUGUUCACCCUGUCUGCCAAGUCACCUCCUCCAAAGGUGCCCCAACCCGAGAGGCUGGAUGAGGUGUAUGAAGCUCUGAAAAGAGGACUCCAGUCUUAUCUGCAGGUCCAUCAGAUGGAGCUCGACAGUCUGAACCGUCAGAUGAAGGAAUCGAAGAGAAAUUCGCGUCUGGGAUUUCUUUAUGAACUGGACAAGCAAGUCAAGGUGAUUGAGAGGUUCAUGAGACGACUGGAGUUCCACCUCAGUAAGAUUGACGAGUUGUAUGAAGCGUACUGUAUGCAGCGAAGACUGCGGGAUGGAGCAAAUAAGAUGGUAAAGGCGUACACGGCUUCACCGGGUAGCCGAGAAGCCAGAGAGAGUCUUUCAGAGGCCAACAAGGGUUUCAAAGAAUACACAGAGAACAUGUGCAUGCUGGAGAAUGAGAUAGAAAACCAGCUCGGAGAGUUCCAUGUCAAAAUGAAAGGUCUGGCUGGCUUUGCGCGCCUCUGUGCUGGAGACCAGUAUGAGAUCUUUAUGAGAUAUGGCCGACAGCGCUGGAAGUUGCGGGGUCGGAUUGAGAUCAACGGAAAACAAGUGUGGGACAGUGAGGAGAUGGUCUUCCUCCCCCUCAUCACUGAGUUCCUUUCAAUAAAGGUGACGGAGUUGAAGAGUCUGGCCAAUCAUGUGGUGGUGGGAAAUGUCUCAUGUGAGACCAAAGACCUGUUUGCUGCCCUGCCGCAGACCGUGGCUGUGGACAUCAAUGACCUGGGGACCAUCAAACUGAGCCUCGAAGUGAUAUGGAAUCCAUUCGACAAAGAUGACCAGGCGUCCACAGCCAGCACAGUGAGCAAGGCUCCAACAGUGAAUAAACGGUUCUCCACCUAUAGUCCCCCAGAUACGCCAUCUCUUCGAGAACAGGCAUUCUAUAACAUGUUGAGGCGGCAGGAGGAGUUGGAGAAUGGCACAGCGUGGUCGAACUCCUCAGAAUCUUCAGACGAUUCAUCGAGCCCUCAGCUUUCCCAGGGUCUUCGUCAUGCCCACAAGAAUCUGGUGCAGCCUGAGGUGCAGACCUCUGCUCCUGCCAUUGACAUCUCAUUCACCCCCCGCCAAUCAUCCACUUCCACGCCCACCCGGCUGGCCAAUCAGAAAGAAGAAGAUGAAGAGGAGGAGGAGCAAGACGAGGAACUCCGAGCAACUACAAUCACAGUCACCAAGGAGACUCCUGGGACACAAGCUGUGCCCAAUGGCCAUGCCCGUUACUCGCGCUCCCUGAGCCAUAUCAGUGAGAGCAGUGUGGAUGCCGCCUUGAAUGAGAGGCCUGCUGGGGAAUCAUUGGAAUCUGGUGUAGUCGUGGACGUGCCCCUGAGGGCUGAUCCAUGCUUAGUCGUUCCCAAGCCACAAGUUGACCACCACACUGCUGAUAUAGUCACGCUGUCAUCAUCCAACUCUGAUGCCACAGCCCCUAUAGCACAGAAGGUCUCAGAUUCUGCUACAGAGCCUAUAACACAUCCACACUCUGAUUCCUGCACCAAGAGUGAGGAGAACUCUACCUGCGCCUCUGUUGAUACUGAGGCCUCAGUGCAACAAAGUAACGCUCUAACCCCUAGAACUAGUGACAUAAAACAGGCCCAGGACCUGCCCACUGUGUCUGUACAGGCCAAGAAGCCUGGGACUGAAGGAGAUAGGGGAAAGAUGGAGGAUACUGAGGCAAAAGACAGCGGCCUGAACGAGGCCCUCAGCACUCUUCUUUCUUCUCUGGAUGACUACAGGGGUCAGUUUCCAGAGCUGCAGGUCCUGGAGCAAGAGCUCCACCUGCUGGAGGAGGCUCUUACUGGCCGAAGUCGAAGUCGUGCCUCCAGUGUGAGCCUGACAGUGGAAACUGCUCUUGAAAGCUUCAGUUUCCUCAACACAUCAGACUUGGAAGACGAGGAAGAAGAUUGCGAGAGGCUGAGGGUGACAGACAGCUCUCAGCCAGUAGCAGGUGAGAGUGUGGAAGUGGAUGAGGGUUGUGCACAGAAUUGUUGGGACGCUCCCUCUGUUCCUCUCAGCACUGGCCUCCAAGCUCUAGAUCAAACUCUGCUCAUCCAUCUACAGAACUGCUCCACCCAGCUACUGAGGCUGGGUACCUUUGGGCCGCUGCGCUGUGGGGAGAUGUACGCUCUGGAUCGGCUGCUCCGGGAGGCUCGGGUAAUGGAGCUCAUUCGUCUGGCUGUCCAGGACACAGCAAGCAGUGAUAACCAACCUGAGGAAGUUGUUCCACAGUUAGAGCAGUGCCAGGGGGCUGUGUUGCUAUGGAAGCGUUGUACGACUGGCUGUGGUGUGUUCAACACCUCCACAGAGGCCUUCCUCCAGACGCUGAACAACAUGUAUACAAGCAGAAUACCAGAAAAAGGAGCCAGCCUUUCAGACACAGUAUUUGUGCAUCUAGUGGAAAGGAUUUUGGAGAAAAAGCUGCCCAGACGAUGUGGAAGUGCAGCUAAAGAGAUUCUCACAGUUUUCCAGUUCUGGAGCUACCUCGAGGCUGAGGGUGUGAGUGAACUGGAGACGCACAUCACCGAGCUGGCUGAGGAGGUCUGGCUGGUGCAGUGUCUGCAGUCUGGUGAUCAAGAUGUACUGCUGAAAGCCCUUAAAAAGCCCCCGGAGUGCAGUCUGAAGCGUGAAGGCCUGCGUGCCGUCAGCAUACUGCUCAGGGAUCCACGGGGGAAGGUGUGCAGCAGCGCCAGUUCUCUGUUACGCAGCCUUGCCGAGCAGCCACGCCACAGAGAGAGGGCGCUUGUGAGUUGUCUGGAGCUGCUGGAGGAUGAAAACGUUGAGAUCCGCGUGUGUGGCUGUAAAGCACUCGCAUGUCUAAAGGCCAAAGAGAGCAUUGAGCAGCUGGUGUACCUGUGCCGCACAGACAAGGAGGACGUAAGAGACGCCGCCAAACAAGCUCUGCUGGUGCUGGGUGAGGAGGGGAAGAUGGCCCAUCGGCAUGUCGAACAGGAUGGAGUCUCUCGACUUUUUGCGCCUGGCAGCAUGGCCAGCACUGCAUUUUAAGCACCAUCAACCUGCAGAAACUCUAGCCCGACGUCUCCUGUGUACUCAGACUUGUAUUCAUGCCAAUGAAGGACUUAUGAUCAAACAUAGAUCACACUGCUGAAACGCAAAUAAAAACCCAAUCACCUCGUUCCACAGUGUUCGAAACAUCUGCAGUCAGUGGACAAACGAAUCUGAUUGGUUGAUUGUUAAGCUACAAAUUAAAUUCAGUGAAAUAAUACAGUGCAAAGGAGACUUUGAAGAAGCAGCAAAGAAGAAAUGGGUUGUUUUGCUGCCUUAUCAGUCAGCCCGGUGGUUUUGCCUUCACAAUUCACGAAAGCUCGGCACACGAGUGCAUGAGUUCAUACAGCAUGCAUGGACACCUUUUUAAACUUGGCUUCAUGCUCACUGAUAAGGGCAGGGGAAGGGAAAGUGUUACUUUCAUGUGACUUACUGAACAGGGGGUGCACUUUUUAAUCUGAUGAGCAUUAACUGAAGCUUGGCUGUCUUCUUAACAAAGUGUGCUAGUGUUCAGAUAGUACCGUAAGAGUGUGUGUGUGUGUGUGUUUCCAGUAAAGAGUUUCUGUAUAAUUGCCAUCAUUCCAUACUGUCACUAUAUAUGCUUUAAUGAUCCAGUAACCUGUGUACAUGUUUUAGUUGUGCUGUAUUUUUUUUUCCUUUUGAAAACAAAUAUGUUUACACUCAAGCGCAAACGUAGGCCUGCUUUGAGUGCUAAGGACUCCUCAAACCUUCACGGUGCACUUCCUGAGAUUCAAGUCAACGGUAUUGUAUCCGAGACGGAUAUCUGCUGUAAAAAUGGACGGGCUAAUUUUAUAUACACACACACACACACAAAUAUUAUUAGUAUUAGUAAAAUGAAAAUAGAUGGACUAUGAUGGACUUUGCCUUGCAAUAGUAUAGUGCAUGUAAUAUUUUUGACCAGGCCCACUACAUACUGAACAAAAAUUCAGAGCGUUCCUCGAGUGCUGCUCGAUAAACAUGUUCGGUGCUGGAAUCGCAGUUUUAAUAACGUGCGCUGAAGAGCUUAGGAAAUGUUAAAACGCUGGAAGAAGAGAAAGCCUCCUUAUUUUUGUCCAAGUGCCUCAAAUGACUGGGGGAGUGAUUGUGCUCAGAGAAGUAGACUUUUAUUUAAAUUGAGAAACAGCAGUUGAUAACAAACUGUAAUAAAGAUUUAAUUAUAUAUUUUUUCUUUAAAGACAUACAGAUUGUGCUGCAUUGAGGUUUUUUUUUUUUAAAUAAGAAAAGUUUAUUGUUUGACAAAGAUCUUAUCAAGUGCAAAACAAGACGAUUAAAAUAAAAAU